AUGCUUUUACCUGCUCAUCUCUAUGGAGCUGUAUUACUCUCAGAUCCUAGGGCUACUUUUAAGUCUUACUGGUUCGGUUUUCUUUCAACUCAUGAGAGGACUUUCAAGAUGAUUUCUAUGUAUAAAACGUCGUUUGAGGAUCGAACUUACUUUUUAUAUUGGCUACCCGAUCCAAAAAUCGUAGGCGUAUGCAAUGGCGUCAAUGAGCUGUAUGAGCUGGCCAUCAGCGAGAAAGAUCGAGCAGACUUUGUUAACGUUAGCGAAACAAUAUUGCCAACUAUAUGGAGAGAGAACAUGAGUAAUAAGGCCUUCACUGUCUCCGCUAUCUCGAAGUCGCAGUGUACCGUUAUGUUUGGCACUAAGAAUACAAUCAAACUCAAGGCAAAUAAAGAUUCUCAUCGCAUGACUGAGAUAGUGGAGGAAAUGCUGAAAUGUAUAGAGUCACUGAAUUCUAGUCUGGAGAAGCUACAGAGGAAAGGAAGCGUGAAGAAAAUCAAUGAUGUUAUACCAGUAAAGAGGAGAAAGCAGCCAGUUAGAAAAAUCAAAUGGGAUGAGGAUUAACAGUCUAGCUCAAAUUUUGAGUUCAUUCCGUUUUAUAUGUAUCUACUACCUGCUUUAUGUACGUAAUACAGCCGUGCUUACCAUUUUAUGUUGGUUUUAUUCCCUGAGUGGUUUUAUUUCAUCUGCCGAUUUGUACAUAGGCCUGUGCUUAUAUCA